GUCAGUCGGCUUAAACUGCAGACCGAUCUGGCGGUGUUCUGAGCUGUAGAAUUGUUUCCCGGCCAUGCACGGUAGUUGCCCGCUGACGGAGGACACCUUUAGUCGCUUUCCGUCCCAGAGCAAUGUAUAUGGCUUGUCAGUCCUACCUUGCGGAGCCAGCGGACAUGAGCUGUUGGCUGCCACCCUGAAGGGGAAAGUUACCAGCUUCAAGUACCAGAAGCUAAGAGACAAACUGCGGGCAGGAGCACGGGAGCUGCACUUCACUUAUAUUCCGGUUGAUGCUGAGAUUGUGUCCAUUGAUUCCUUCAGCAAGUCUCCACCCAAACGAGGCCUAGUGGUUGGAAUAACUUUUAUAAAGGAUUCUGGUGAUAAGGCAAGCCCAUUCCUUAAUAUUUACUGUGACUAUGAACCAGGAUCUGAAUACAACCUUGAUUCAAUAGCACAGAGUUGCCUAAAUCUGGAGCUGAAAUUCACUCCAUUCCAGCUGUGCCACACUGAGUAAAUCUGUUACAUUAAUGCAUGUUUAUCAUGAGACUGGUGCUGAAAAUUUUAAUACAUAUGAUGCACAGUUUAUCAGUAAUACAAGUUAUUGUUGCAAAGACAAACUCCUACCUUGAUUAAACUCAAGCUGCUGUCUUGGGACAACACCACACCCCUUCCAAGCACAGACACUUUCAGCACAUUCUUCUGUUAUUAGGAAGUGCUGUACUGUUUGUUUGAUAUGUUUGCAGUAAUAAGCCUCAUAAUGACUGGUGGCUAAAUAAGAAAUUAAGAGAAAGAAAAGAUUCAUUUCAGGGAAGUUAUUUGUAUUUGUUUACUCUAAAAUAACCUUCUCUCAUGUAGCUCUUUCAUUACUCAUUAGAGUGCAGGAUGGUGGCAAACAGGAGACGGUAUUUUUACUGAGUGGCAAUGAUCAGUGUAUUCACCUGUACAAAGAGGUGAGAUUGUUUUCAUUUACAAUGACCAGCAUAUGCCACAUGUAUGUUUUUAUAUGCACAGUGUAUGUAUAUUUUAAUUUCUAUAGAUUUCUAUAGCACUGCUUAUUGAAUAUAUAAUAAUAAAAAUAUAUAUACAGUUAAAUUCCUAGUUAUGAGCGCUGGCAAGUAGUCACAGUUUAAAUGUCUGCCAGUAGUGGGUGUGGACCAGGGGUGUUUCUGGUAAAAUGAGCAUUAAAAAAAAAAAAUAGCCGUCAAAAUUAGAGAAAAGAUAAAGCACCGGUGACACCUUACAGGUUUUUUUUUUUUUUUUUUUUUUAAAUUGGAAGUUUGUAUCCUUUUUAUGCAGCACCAGCAAGUAAACUAUUUGACAACAAAAAUUUGUAUUUUGUAUGAGACAGGUUUUUAUUCUAUAUUCUUUUAAUAUCCUUGAACAUUAUUUGACCUCUGUUAAUCUUCUUGUGAAAAAACUAGAAGCACUGUAUUCUACACAUUGUUUUUAUUAUCAACUAUGUAAAUGUUUUGGCCUAUAACCCAGUUUCAACUUGAAUGGCUGCUCUCAUGCAUAAACAGUAGCUAAUUUAUAUAAAGUAGUGGUACUAGUACAGCAAAGGACGGAGACACACGGGGUGAUUAGUUGCUGCAACGGUUCAGACGGUACCCGAUUGGUUGUGUGUUUCAUAUAUUAACCUAUAGCAGCUAAAUCACUGUCAUUAGUUGCCCUAAUACACAGUUUUUAUAUGCAAAAUAUACCAGUGCAUUAUAUUUAAAUUUAUACAAAGCCCUAUAUUGUUUGAGGCGGUGGGUAAGGGUUUGCAGGUUUUAUUAAACAAAAAAUACACUUGUCA